AUGGAAGUACCCAGUAUGAAGUUUAUUCUUCUAAGGGAUUGUUUCGGACAUGUAGUUGAAAAAAACAUGUGGACACUCGGCCUUACGACGAAGUCUACACAAAUAAUUGUUUUACGAGGUGUGUUAUCAGAAGCUGUUCCAGAGGCUGAACAGCCUGCAGACUUAACUAAAGUAGCUCUUGUUGGAAUUGAAUGUAAAUCAUUACAUCUUGAGUGUCCAAUGAAAGAUAUGGCUCGACUAUCUGAGGAAGAAACCAGCUUGCUUUUAGCAAUUACUUCACUUGAACGAAGAUACAAAACGUAUAUAGAUAGGAAACAUCUGGCAUUUGGCCGACAAUUGUCAAUCGGAAGUGCUGUUUGGGUUGAAGUGAAAGGAAAGUCAAAUGUUUUGCCUGGUGUUGUUUGGUAUAAAGGUGUAUUACUACCCAAUCUGGGAACUUGGUUUGGAGUUGAACUCAUUAAACAUCCAGGGUCAGGAACAUGCGAUGGAACAUUUAGAAACAAGCGAUACUUUGCCUGUGAGCCAGACUGUGGGGUUUUUGUUGGACUGGACAAAUUAACACCUAGAGAAAAUGAAGAUGGCUUGAAAUCUUUAAAAAUUGCAGAACAAGACGAAAACAUUCAGGCUAAACUUAAAUCAAGUCUUCAGGAUUCAAUAUCGUCAUUUUGGAAGGGAAAACACGAGCAAAGGCCAUUUCAAGGAAUUCAUGGAGUGCUUAAGAUUAAUGACAGAGUUGUGACAAUUAUUAAGGAUAGUCCAGCCAGGGGAACUGUGCGAUAUAUUGGUGAGGAGGAGGAUUCAACCAGAAAUUUUCGUACAAUUGUAGGAUUAGAACUGGAUGAAAGAUUGGGAUUUGGUUGUGGUAAAAGACGUGGCUCUCAAAAGUUUGUUUGUGAGAGGGAUUUUGCAGCAUUUGUACCAUUGGAAACUGUCAUAUCAGAGAAGGACUUUGAUGGUUAUUUUGGAAAAGCUGCAGGACAAGAAGCUCAGGGAAAGCGGGAACAAAUUUAUGAAGAUGAAAUGUAUGCAAGAUCAAUGAGCUGUGGUAAUAUACCAUCAGGAAAGCAACGACAAUCACGAGACACGAGAGGUCAGCCGCCGAGCUUGCAAGAGAAACCGAGAGAAAAUAACGAAGAAGAAAAGAGUCCACUCGAACAAUUAAGAGAGAUGGAGCAGCAGGUGACUCACUUACAAGCACAACUGGAAGAGAAAGAGUCGGAAAAGCAGAAACAAGGUGAUAGAUUAAAGAGACAGUUGCGGAAGAUGGAGCAACAAUUGGUAGACGAACGCGAAAGACUGCAAGAGAAGCAUGAUCAGUUUGUGAACUCUGAAGCACGAGUGAGAAAGAUGGAGGAACAGCUGAAAAACGCUCAAGGACAGUUACAGGAGAAGCAUGAUCAGUUAGUGACCUCAGAGACACAAGUCCGGGAGACAGAGGAACAAGUGACAAACUUACGACGACAGUUACGUGAACAUUCAGUUAAUUCAGACGCACAAAUUAGAGAGGCGACACAGCAAUUGACCAAUAUCCAAGAGCAACUACAGGGAAAGGAUGAAGAAAUUGCUGGUUUAAAAAAACAGGUGAUUGAACUCGAAAUGAGUCUCUCGACAGCUCAACAAUUAGCGUUGAAUGCACGUCAACGGCAGGAGCCACCUGACUGGGUCAUUUCACGCGAUCAAAUUCAGAUGACAGAGAAAUGCCUUGGAAGGGGAGGCUGGGGAAAUGUUGUGGAAGGAAAGUAUUGUGGCUGUGCCGUAGCUGUGAAAAAAAUCCAUGACUUGAUUCUUUCCAAUCACAACCGCAGUUUGUUUGUGCGAGAAAUGAACAUUGCCUCAAGAUGUCGUCACCCAUGUUUGUUGCAGUUCAUUGGGGCAACAAAUGACGAAGGAAGUCCGUUGUUUGUUACAGAACUCAUGGAAACAAGUUUACGAGCACUGUUAAAGCGACCACUUUCCGUAACUGAAUUGUUCGUUAUUUCCCUGGAUGUGGCUCGAGCAUUAAACUAUCUUCACCAGAAGCAACCAUUUCCCAUAAUUCACCGGGACGUCAGUAGUGCAAAUGUGUUGUUGUGGCGACAGGGUGACCAAUGGCGAGCCAAGGUUUCAGAUUAUGGCACAGCUAAUUUCAUGCGACAUACCAUGACAGUCGCACCUGGAGCGCCAAUUUACAGUGCACCCGAAGUAGUCACUAAAAAACAAACCGUUAAGGUAUUGUUUUUCGAUAUUCAGGUUGAUGUAUACAGUUUUGGUGUUCUUCUUUGUGAGAUGUCGAUCCAGGAAAUGCCAGAUCCGGAAAAGCGUGAACAGCAAGUUGCACUUGUUACAAACCGCGUGAUUCGAGCUCUCAUCCGGAGAAGCUUGCAAACAAAGCCUGAGGAGAGACCGUGUAUGGAGGAAAUAAUCGAUGACCUUGAACAGAAAGCGUGA